ACACGGAGUGGUGUCCGGCGAGUGUUGACGGUUGACUUCCAUUCCUAUUAUAGUGAUUUUCAUUUGUGCAUAAUCAAGAUGGCGUACGUACCAGUAUCAGAAGAUCGUCUGACGUCUGGACACCGGCUGUCUCACCCGCCACCUGGAGACGAAGUGCUAAUCACCGGUAUUUCCGGCUACUUUCCCGACUCUGACUCCGUCAUACACCUACAGGAAAACCUCUUUAAUAAGGUUGAUCUAAUCUCCAAUGACGCCCGUCGGUGGAAACUUGCCCACCCUGAGAUACCACAGCGUACGGGGAAAAUUAAUAAUGUCAACAAAUUUGACGCAUCCUUCUUUGGCGUUCACUUCAAACAGGCCCACACUAUGGAUCCUAUGUGCAGAAUACUUCUGGAAAAAGCAUAUGAGGCUGUUAUUGAUGCUGGAUUGAAUCCAAAGGAACUGCGCAAUACUAAGACUGGAGUGUUUGUUGGAGCCUGUUUUUCAGAAUCAGAAAAAACAUGGUUUUACGAAAAAAUGCAGGUCAAUGGCUUCGGUGUUACUGGAUGUUCCCGUGCAAUGUUAGCCAACCGUAUCUCCUACUGGUUGGGCGUGACAGGUCCCUCUUACACUGUAGACUCGGCCUGUUCAAGUUCCCUAUACGCAAUGGAGCACGCAUUCAGAGCCAUUCGUGACGGACAUUGUGAUGCCGCUAUCGUCGGAGGAUCCAAUCUUUGCCUCCAUCCCUAUGUAUCCCUGCAAUUUUCCAGAUUGGGAGUGUUAUCACCAGACGGAAGAUGUAAGAGUUUUGACAAUAGUGCUAAUGGUUACGCUCGGUCUGAAGCCAUCGUUGUUUGCUUGCUGCAGAAGGCUAAGGACUCCAGAAGAGUGUACGCCCAAGUCCUACAUGCGAAGACAAACUGUGACGGUUACAAAGAGCAAGGCAUCACAUACCCAGCGGGUAAUAUUCAGAAACUGCUUCUCAAUGAGUUCUACGAAGAAUGCUCAAUUCAACCUAACACCUUAGAGUUUGUGGAGGCCCACGGCACAGGUACAAAAGUAGGAGACCCAGAAGAGUUGCUUGCGAUCGAUGAAGUGUUUUGUACGGGCAGAUCCGAACCACUCAAAAUUGGUUCCAUCAAGUCUAACUUAGGGCACAGUGAACCUGCCUCCGGUCUUUGCUCUGUGGCUAAGCUUUGCAUUGCCUACAGUACUGGCUACAUUCCACCGAAUCUACACUUUCAUAAACGACGAGACGGUGUCAAGGCUCUGGAAGAAGGCCGUCUUGAAGUAAUUACAGAAAAGACUCCGUGGAAAAAAGGAAUGUCUGGAAUAAACUCAUUUGGUUUUGGAGGAGCUAACGCCCAUAUAUUGUUGAAAAACGUUGCCCCGACUAAAGUCAACAAUGGCAUGCCCUCGGAUGACCUGCCUCGUCUAGUUUGCACGUCUGGACGUACUGAAUCUGCAGUAGCCAGAAUCCUAGAUGACUUAGAGUCUAGGACCGUAGAUGUUGAAUUAAUACGACUUUACCAUUCCAUUCACGAAGAAGAUAUUGGAGGUCAUGUUGUUAGAGGAUACUCAUUAUUAGGUUCAACACCAACUAAAGCAGUAUCUCUUGCCCGCGAUAUCCAAUACUUCUCUGGCGUCCGUCGUCCCGUUUGGUUCGUGUACAGUGGUAUGGGCUCACAAUGGGCUGGUAUGGCUACUCAGCUAAUGAGAAUUCCAGUCUUUGCUGCUGCUAUUCAGAAGUGUCAUAAGGCCCUAGAACCUAAAGGCAUCAACCUAACAAGAAUCAUCACAGAACCCGACCCUAAAAUUUACGACAACAUCCUUAACUCCUUCAUCGGAAUUGCCGCCGUACAAAUUGGUCUCACUGACGUCUUGAAGACUAUUGGCAUUGAACCCGACUAUAUUAUUGGUCAUAGCGUCGGAGAAUUAGGUUGCGCAUACGCUGACGGCUGUUUCACAGCAGAACAGAUGAUCUUGUCUGCGUACAGCCGCGGUCUUGCUUCUAUCGAAACACUUUUCAUCAAGGGCUCCAUGGCAGCUGUUGGAUUGGGAUACAACCAGAUCAAAUCCCUCUGCCCGCCUGAAAUUGAAGUGGCCUGCCACAAUGGCCCCGAAUCUAGCACCAUCUCAGGUCCAGCUGAAAUCAUGAAGAUCUUCGUAGCGAAAUUGGUAGAGAAGGGAGUCUUCGCCAAGGAAGUUCCUUGUUCCAACAUCGCCUACCACUCCAAAUACAUCGCUGAGGCUGGACCAAAACUUCUGAAAUACCUGAAAGAAGUGAUUCCGAGCCCGAAAGCUCGUUCUGAGAAGUGGGUCUCAUCGUCUGUUCCUCAGCCAUUGUGGAAGGACCCAAAAGCACAAUUGUCCUCUGCUGAAUAUCACACCAACAACUUACUCAGGCCAGUUCUCUUCGAAGAGACAUCUCGUCUGAUCCACCAAAAUGCUAUUACGAUAGAAAUAGCACCUCAUGGCUUACUCCAAGCUAUACUGCGGCGAUCGCUAAAGAAGGAUGUAAUCAACAUACCACUCACACAGAAGAACGAGGACAAUGUGACUGUUAUGUUAAAUGCUUUGGGCAAACUUUACCAAGCUGGAUUGAACCCGAAACUGGCGAACCUCUACCCACAGGUGCAAUACCCGGUGUCUCUUGGUACACCAAUGAUCUCGCAUCUUGUAGAAUGGGAGCAUAGUGAAGACUGGUAUGUUACUUCAUACCGCGCUCAAGAGAAGAUGAAGUCUGGAGAACGUACGGUCAGGAUGUCGAUUGUCGACGAGGACAGUGAAUAUAUGACCGGACACGUUAUUGAUGGUCGUAACCUAUACCCAGCGACUGGUUACCUUGUGAUGGUAUGGGAGACUCUUGGUAUGAUGAUGGGAGAGCUUUACACCGAAAUAUCUGUGGUCUUCGAAAAUGUGCGGUUCCAGCGAGCUACUCCAAUACCUAAAGAGGGUAACCUGGAAUUCAUUGUCAUGAUACAGAAAGGCAGCGGAAACUUCGAAAUUGUCGAGAGCGGUGCGUCUAUUGUAUCUGGUCGCAUCUACGCCAAGAAGAACGUUGGCAAAGAUUACCGCGUGCUCCAAGCAGCACCUGAAGACACUGGAGCAAAUGUGAAGCAUAUGCUCACUAAGGACUUCUACAAGGAAUUAAGAUUGAGAGGCUAUCAAUACAGUGGUCUCUUCCGAGGUGUGAUUGGUUGCAACAUUGAAGGAACUCGGGGUCGUGUCGCUUGGGUCAAUAACUGGGUCUGCUUCAUGGACUGCAUGUUGCAACUCAAGAUCGUCGGGAAUGACACCCGUGGUCUCUUUGUACCGACCAGAAUUGAGAAACUCUGCAUAGACGCCACCAUGCAUUAUGAUGCGGUAUCGAAAAUGAAUCAAGUAUCGGAUAGGCAAUCGUUUGAAGUACGAGUGUACCCAGAUGUGGAUGUGGUCAGAGCCGGUGGUGUCGAAGUUCGUGGCCUCCACGCUUCUCCUAUCUCCAGAAAAAUCCCUCUUGGUGUUCCUGUUUUGGAGAAGAACAUAUUUGUACCUAACUUUGCAAAAACUAAGAUGAUGAUCGAAGACAUACUCAGAGCCAACAUACAACUCAUUCUUGAGAAUAUACAAACAUUCAAAGUAAAAAGCAUCGAAUUCGUCGAUGAGGAAUAUAAAACAAACGGCUACGAACCAAUUAUGGACAAAGUAAGCGACGUUCUUGAAGACUUACCUCUCAUACAACCAGAACUAUUACUUAUCUCAGAAGAUACUAUUGAAAUGCCAUCGCACAUAGUUGUUGAAAAUAAGAAGGUUGCUGGAGAAAGCAACACAGUCUUAUUUAUUGGUGCUAAUCUUCUGAACAGACCUGAGGUCCUGCAACAAGCUAUAUCAACGCUGCGAGACAAAUGUUUUAUAAUCAGUCGUGAAACGCAACGUCCAAACCCUAAAGACCACGCCGAGAAAUAUGACAUCAUCACUAUUCAAGAUACUGGCGUUGAAUACUUGGUCCUAUUUAGAAAACGUGUUGGCGCCAAACCAGCAAAAUUUAUUCAUGUUAAAACAGCCGAUCAAUCAUACGCGUGGAUUGAACAUGUUAAGGAGGAAUUGAAGUCGGGUCAGAAAAUUGUAAUUUAUAACCAAGAUGAGCCACUCAACGGACUUUUGGGUCUUGUUAAUUGUUUGAGAAGGGAGCCGGGUGGCGAGGUUGUAUAUGGUUUGCUAAUCGCUGAUCCUGCCGCUCCAACAUUCAAUCCUGAUUUGGAAUUCUAUGAAGAGCAGUUGGAUAAGGAUUUGGCUAUUAAUAUUUAUCAAGAUGGACAAUGGGGUAGCUACCGUCACUUAUUACUAGGAGACUUAGAAACAGUUACCGCAAGCCACGGAUUCGUCAACACAAUCACUAUCGGAGAUCUGUCUUCGCUCAGAUGGCUCGAAGGACCAAUUAGACAGAAUCAGAUUAUCAAGAACCCAGAAAAGAUUCUUGUUCAUGUAUAUUGUGCAGCGCUGAACUUCCGUGACGUAAUGACAGCUAUGGGUCGAGUCACAGUGGACGCGGUCGCACGAGGCCGUCUUGCGCAAGAGUGCGUGCAGGGUUUUGAAAUCGUCGGCAGAACACCUAAUGGUUCCCGGGUAAUGGCUAUGGUCCGUAACAGCGGCAUGGCAAAUAUGGUAAUGGGAGACCGGGCUCUCAUGUGGUGUAUCCCUGAUGAAUGGACCUUCGAAGAGGCUGCUACAGUACCAGUAGCCUACGGCACCGUUUACUAUGCUAUGGUUAUGGUGGGUCAAAUGCAACGCGGUGAAUCAAUUCUAAUCCACGCUGGUUCUGGAGGUGUAGGUCAAGCCGCGAUCAAUGUGGCAUUGCAUUAUGGCUGUGAGGUAUUUACUACCGUGGGUACAGCUGAGAAGAGAGCUUUCAUCAAAAAGCUUUUCCCGCAACUUAAAGACAGUCACAUCGGUAACUCUCGUGACAGCUCAUUCGAAGACAUGAUCCGACGGGAGACCAACGGCAAGGGAGUUGAUAUUGUACUCAACUCCUUGUCUGAUGACAAAUUACAGGCCUCAGUCCGUUGUCUCGGCUACCGUGGUCGUUUCCUUGAGAUCGGUAAAUUCGACAUCAGUAACAACACUCCCAUCGGGAUGUACUUCUUCCUCAAAGAGACCUCCUUCCACGGAAUUAUGUUGGACUACAUCUUCGACCAGAGCUUCGAGUUCAGAAAGAUGUUGCAAGAUCUCCUGCUGACGGGAAUUGAAAGUGGUGCGGUCCGUCCCCUGACGUACUGUACGUUCCAGAAGAACGAAGUCGAAACUGCCUUUAGGUACAUGGCGGCUGGAAAGCAUAUUGGAAAGGUAAUCAUAAAGAUUCGCGAUGAAGAACGAACCAACCGUCCAGUAAAGCCUACUUACAUGCCAGUCGAUGUUUUGCCUAGAUACGUAUGUCAGGACGAUAUGUGUUACGUUGUGGUGGGAGGCCUAGGUGGUUUCGGUCUGGAGUUAGCAGACUGGCUUAUCCUCAGAGGAGCGAGAAAAGUACUUCUCACGUCUAGAAGAGGCAUCACUAAUGGUUACCAAUCAUCCAGAAUGAGAGCAUGGGCUGGAUACGGCGCCGACGUCCAGAUUUCAACCCACGAUAUCACAACAGAUGAAGGCUGUGAAAAUAUGCUGAAAAUGGCUGCAAACAUGGGGCCUGUAGAAGCAAUUUUCAACUUAGCUGUAGUGCUCAAAGACUCAAUCUUCCAAAAUCAAACCCCCGAGACUUUUAAGACCUCAUAUGGACCUAAAGCACAAGCUACGUUGAACUUGGACAAAUACUCGAAGAAACUUUGCCCGAAAUUGAAGGACUUCGUAAUAUUCUCAUCGGUGUCUUGCGGGCGUGGAAAUGCUGGUCAAACGAACUAUGGAUUCUCCAACUCCGUGAUGGAGAGGAUCUGUGAGUGGAGGAAAAAGUUGGGUCUACCGGCGCUUGCUGUUCAAUGGGGCGCUGUUGGAGACGUGGGUCUGGUAGCAGAUAUGCAAGAUGAGGACGUUCAAUUGGAAAUUGGUGGAACUCUUCAGCAAAGAAUCUCUUCUUGUCUCCUCUCACUGGACAAGUUCCUUAAACAGGACGCGGUUAUCGUGUCUUCUAUUGUGGUAGCUGAGAAGAAGGCUGGAGGAUCGGGAUGUGGAACUAUUGUGGAUGCUGUCGCACAGAUUAUGGGCAUCAAGGAUCUUAAGACAGUUUCCCAACAAGUAUCACUUGCCGAGCUCGGUAUGGACAGUAUGAUGGCAGUGGAAAUCAAACAGACCCUUGAGAGAGAAUUUGAAGUCUUCCUCACUGCUCAAGACAUUAGAACUUUGACAUUCGCCAGAUUAGUAGAAUUAACAGCCCAAAGAGAAGCGGCUUCUUCCACAGCAGUGGCCGCUCAACCGGAUACUUCUGAUUCUGCAGCAAUUGGCUUCCGUGUUCUAAUGAGAAACCUUGGUGAUGAGAAAGUGGUUUCAGAGCCCUUCGUAUACAUGCCGACUAUGGUCAGCGAUGGCACUGAGACGGACGUAACGAUACACGAAGAUGAAAAGGUGAUGUUCCUGUUACCGGGUCUGGAAGGAACGGCCUCUACCAUGAAACCACUUUGUAAAAGGCUCAAAGUCAAGUGUUGCGUCCUACAAUUCGGUACAGAGAACCAAAACGACAACAUCGAUAGCAUGGUGGAAAGACUUUACUCUUCCAUGAAAUCUCGGCUCAAUUCAGGAGCGCCAUUCAUCUUGCUCGGAUACAGUUUUGGUUCAGCGCCGGCCAUUAAACUCACGGCGAGACUUGAAAGUGAAGGUCAUCAAGGGACGUUAUUCCUCGUCGACGGUUCACCUGACUACGUCUACUCGGUCCUAAUGAUGUUAAUGAACUUUAAGAAUGACACUCAGCUUCAGAACAGUCUCAUUUGCCACGUUAUUGACUUGGUAGCUCCCAACAAUGAUGUCCCAGAUCUCAUGGAUAGACUAAAAGAAAUCGAAACAUAUGAUGAUAGAAUCGAGUACGCUCUCAAAGUCUGCCCUACCCAACACAAUUACUCGAAUAAAUUCAUCAGGGAUAUCUCACUUGCCUGCUUUAACAGGCUAAAAAUAAUUAUCGACUGCAAGAAUGAGGGCUUCAAGAAAAUUAAAACACCAAUAGUUCUCCUGCGUCCGAAAGAGAAUCCACCGUUCCUUGUGGUCGAGGAUAAUUAUGGUUUGGACAAACUAACAGAUGGUGGUGUCACCUUACACUUUUUGGAAGGCAACCAUCAUACGAUACUUGAAAACAAAGACUGUGCCAACAUUAUUAAUAGAUUAAUAACGAAAGAUGACUCUAGUGGGAAAACAGAAAGCAACGUGGUUAGAAGUAUGGUUGAAAAGCAACGCUCUGUUCAAGUAUAAAGGACUGUAGUUAAUUAUAUAACGGGUUAUACUAACUCAUAUUAGAGUAAGGAAAUUAAAUGAAGGAAUUUCAUACGUUGAUAUAAUAUUCAUAAUUAGAUUUGCAUAAAAGUUGAUUUGAAGCGCAUAGUUAGCUACUCUAUUUAAUCUUUAAUCUUUAGUCAUUUUUGCCAUUAUUGUUGCAAUUUCGGGAAAAAUUUAAUCAAAUACUUCAAAAUAUGUGUGAUGUGGUGGACUUAAAUAAAUUAUAGUGAAUAUGGAUCUGAUAGUAUAUGUAUUACUGUUAUAAUUUAAUCUCUUCCAACGGAAGACCAGUACCAAAAAAAUAAUCAUUACGUAAUUGUUAACUUGUUUAAUCGUUUUAUUUAUUUCUUAAGAUAGUCUUGGGUAUGUUCUGGGUAAAGACAAAUAAAAUAUUCUAUUACAA